AUCACGUAUGGAUUUUUUUGAACAAACGGUGCACUUGGCUAGCUAGAUACGUAUAGUGCUAUGAUAAAUACCCCGAAAACGAGUCGGAGACAAGAAGUAGAUACCGUAAUCGUACGUCUCCUUUCCCUCCACCAAUUCCAAAAACGAAAACACAACUCACCACCCUAUCUCCUCUAGAUCGACGGCUCCCUCACCGGACUGAUACACGCUCUCAUGCUCAAAUCACUCGGUCAUUCAGUUGUCAUUUUCGAACAAGGCCAUUCCGACCGUGGCGGUCAUGGGGCAGGAAUCAGUGCCGGACCGCUAGUCCAAGAGUUUUUCAGCAAGUAUGGUUUGAAGAAGGGAGAUUAUGCUAUUGAUGCCGUUGAAAUCAGGAUGUUGAAUAGGGAUGGUAUGGGUAAGCGGAGGAUCAGGAAGUCGUAUACGUUAACUAGUUGGUCGGUUUUGUAUCAUUUAUUGAGGGCUAAGUUUGAUGGGUUUGUGGUUCCAGGAAAGUUUGGGAAUGAUACGGAGACGGAGGCGAGGUUUGAGGAGAGGAAGAAGGUCUUUGACGUGGAGGAUGAUGGGAAGCGUGUCCGAACCACAUAUCGCGAUCUAGAUACUCUAACCGAACACGUAGUUUCCGCACACCUCGUCAUCGCCGCCGAUGGACCUAACCCCUUCACCGCCUCCGCAGGAAAGUGAUGCCAGAAAUCAAGCCCCAAUACGCGGGCUAUGUUGCCUGGAGAGGUAUUGUUCCACAGGAAGAAAUCGCACAGGAACUUAUCGAGUUUUUUGAUGGUGCUGUGACGGUAUUUGCAGGCUCUUCGCCGAAGAAUUAUAUUCUGCAGUAAGCCUCAAGGGACGAAAAAUUCCAUCCGUUUCGCUAAUAAAAUCCAGUUACAACAUACCAGGCGAGAACGUAGGCAGUCUGGAAGUUGGAUCUCGGGCACAAAACUGGGUUUGGUACUGGAAGUCCCACUUACCUAAUAAAAGAUUCCUCUUCUGGCAAUAUAAGGCCAAUACACGGCCAAUUUUCACACUUUCUACUCAUUUCCAUAUCUUCAAUUUCUUAAACAAACACAAACAAGCACACUAACACCGACCUCCGAGAGCCUAGGGAACAUCUCGGACCCAACAGAACUGGGAGAUGUCCUGACUGAUGUCGAUGGCCACAGACAUAACAACAUGGUGCCAAAAGGCCAACCCCGCGCCGAAAUCUGGCAAAAGCAGCUUUCAAACGCACACAACCUCCUCCCUUCACCCUUCAGCACCCUCAUCAACAAGACCACACAGCCAUUCGUGGCACUCAUCACUGAUUGCUUGUCCUCCACCGCUUCCUUAUACGACGGGAAAUUGUUUCUUGUAGGUGAUGCACUGAUGCAGGCUCGUCCGCAUGUUGCGCUUAGUACGAACCAGGCUGCGAUGCAUUGUCUUAAUCUGGAGAAGGUUUUGAAGGGGGGGAUGAGUGGUAAGGUGUGGGAGAAGGAGGUGUUGCGGUAUAUGCGGCUGAGACGAGGAUGUUGAGUAGAGUUUUCGGGGGUUAUGGACUG